UGUUGAGAUAUCUGCAGGAAGUCUUAAACUGAGUUUCACUUUCGAUUCUUGACUGAUGUCGCAGCAAGAAUUUCACCGAGGAAAGAAAAGCAGAAAAGACACAAACUGACAUCAGUGACCGAAAAUUCAACAUCAUCAGCUGAAUCAGUCUCUGAUGUUUCCAGCAGAGUAAAUUAUGGGGACUGAAGGAUCUGAGUUUUAAAAGCAGACCACUGGUCUUCAGCUGAGCUUCUUCUGGUGUUUCCAGCACAGUGACAGGAUGGCAGCUGCUGCAGCAUCUGAAGGAAACAAAGGGAGACCUCUGAGCCACAGCAGCAGCAAUCAGUGGCUGCCCCCUAACAUGUCUGAGCUGAGGGUUGUUCUGCUGGGGAACAGCUGGUCUGAGAGGAGUUCAGUGGGGAACUUCAUCCUAGGAAAGACUGAGUUCAACACUGAGGAAGAACCAGACUGCUGUCUGAGAGUCAGAGGACAGUUGAAGGAGAAAGAAAUAGUUCUCAUCAACACCCCAGAUCUGCUGCUUCCAAGCAUCUCUGAAGACAAACUAAGAAAACAUGUAGAAAACUGUGUGAGUCUCUCUGAUCCUGGACCUCAUGUGUUCCUGCUGGUUCUACAGCCUGAAGACUUCACUGAGGAUCACAAGAAGAGGUUACAAUCAAUCCUUGAAUGCCUCAGUGAUCAAUCAUUUAAUCAUUCACUGAUACUGAUAUCAACACCCAGAGAGCAGAGUUCAGGUUUCAUGGAGGAAUAUAUGAAACAUCCACAGUUAGGAGACUUAAUCAGAAAAUGUAGAUCCAAGUUGUUUUGGCAGAAGAACAUUGAACAUUCAGAGCUGUUAAGGAUCAUGGACCAAAUUGUGAAGGAAAGUGAUGGAGAUCAUGUGAGCUGUGACAUAUUUAAAGAAGCAACAUCUGUUUUACCAAGUAGUCAUGGAAACCUGAAACAAGAGGAAGCAUCUGGAGUCAACUCUGAUCCUGAUAGAGCUACUGGGUUCAGACCUCAUACAUCACAAACUCCAUCACCACCUGAACGUACAGUCAACCAGUUCUCUACACUGAGGAUUGUGCUGGUGGGGAAAAGUGAAGACAAAAAGAAAAAACUUGGAAACUUCAUCACUGAAAAUCAGGAUUUUCAUUUCCCAAAAAAAACAAUAUUCAAACACUGUGUUGCCACCUGUGGAGAGUGGAGAGGAAAAUCAUUGACUGUGGUAAAAACUCCAGACAUCUUCAGUCUGUCUGAGCAGAAACUGAGAGAAGAAGUGAUGAGGUGCAUAAAUCUUUGCUUCCCAGGACCAAAUGUUCUGCUGCUGUUAGUGAAGACUUCUGAGUUUAAGGAAGAGGACAAACAAAGACUGAAGUUCAUCCUGAGUUUGUUUGGUCAAGAUGCUUUUAAACACUCCAUGGUCAUCAUCACACACAAGGAGAAUGCAACAAGUUUCAAUGUGAAUCAGCUGAUUGAAGACUGUGGAGGAAGACACCACAACAUGUUUGAAGAAGACCACAGACAGUUAAUGGAGAGGAUUGAGAACAUUGUUCAUCGAAACAAAGGAACCUUCCUCACCUUCACUGAAGAGACCAUUAAACCAGUUUUAAACCUGGUUCUGUGUGGGAGGAGAGGAGCAGUGAAGACUUCAGCAGUAAAGGCCAUUUUAGGUCAGACAGAGCUUCAUCCAGUCUCCAACUCAUCAGAGUGUGUUAAACAUCAGGGAGAGGUGUGUGGACGUUGGGUUGACCUGGUGGAGCUGCCUGCCUUGUAUGGAAAACCUCAGGAGGCAGUGAUGGAGGAAUCAUUCAGGUGUAUCUCCCUCUGUGAUCCUGAGGGCGUCCAUGCCUUCAUCCUGGUCCUACCUGUGGAUCCCCUCACUGAUGAAGACAAGGGAGAGUUAAAGACCAUCCAGAACACACUCAGCUCUCCAGUCAAUGACUUCACCAUGAUUCUGUUCACUGUGGAGUCAGAUCCUACAGCUCCAGCUGUUGUUGACUUUGUAAGAAAGAAGAGAGACAUCCAGGAGCUCAUUCAGAGCUGUGGAGGAAGACAUGUUGUUCUCAACAUCAAGAACAAGCAGCAGAUCUCUGAGAUGUUGGAUACUGUGGAGAAGAUGAGACAAUCUAAAGAUAAACCAUGUUGCUAUACAACUGAAACAUUUGCACAUGCCCAAAUGGAAAAGAUCAACAUGCUACAGACUGAACUUACACAACUUCAAACAAAAAGCAUGGUCACCUGUGAUGAUGAGAAUCAGAGCUCAGAGAGUCUCAGAAUUGUGCUGAUAGGGAAGACUGGCUGUGGAAAGAGCUCUUCAGGAAACACCAUUCUGGGAAGAAAAGAGUUUAAAGCUGAAUCAAGCCAAACAUCAAUCACCAAACGUUGUCAGAAAGCAAAGAGUGAAGUAGAUGGUCGUCCUGUCGUUGUGGUCGACACUCCUGGUCUGUUUGACACAAACUUGUCCCAUGAAGAGGUUAAUGAGGAGAUGGUGAAAUGCAUCAGUCUUCUGGCUCCAGGACCACAUGUCUUCCUGUUGGUGUUACAGAUUGGCAGAUUAACACAAGAAGAGAAGGAGACAAUAAAACUCAUCAAGGAAGGUUUUGGGAAGAAUUCAGAAAAAUUCACCAUCAUUCUUUUAACUGGAGGAGAUAACCUGGAGGAUGACAACCUGUCCAUUGAGGAUUACAUUAAAGAGAAAUGUGAUGAAUCCUUUAAGAAGCUGAUUGCUGACUGUGGAGGAAGAUACCAUGUGUUUAAUAACCGUGAAAAACAAAACCGCACACAAGUCAGUGAGCUGAUAAACAAGAUUGACUCCAUGGUGAAGAAAAAUGGCGGCAGCUGCUACACCAAUGAGAUGCUGCAAGAGGCCGAGGCAGCAAUAAAGAAGGAAGUGGAGAAGAUCCUGAAGGAGAAGGAAGAAGAGAUAAAGAGAGAGAGGGAGGAACUUGGAAGAAAACAUGAAGAAGAAAUGAAGGCAAUGAAAAGAAGAAUAGAAAAACAGAGAACAGAAAUUGAACAGGAGAGACAACUGAGAACAAAACAGCUAAAGGAAAUGGAGGAAAAAAUUAAGAAGGAGUGUGAACAGAGAAAGAAAGAUCAGGAAAAAAGAGAGGAGGAAAUGCAAGAAAGGAAAAGUCAAGAAGAAAUUGAGCGUCAAGAGUGGGAACAAAAACUUGAAACUCUGGAGGAAAAAAUUAAAUCAGACUCAGAGUCAAAGGAAAACACUGACAGAAAGUUGAAGCAGAUUAGAAAAGAGAUGAGAAAAAAACAACUGGCUUGGGAAAUGGAACGAAAGGAGUUUUGGGACAAACAACAUCGAGAAGAAGGAAAAAGACGACAGGAGGAACAAAUAAUACUUGUACGGCUCCAAGAAGAAUAUGAGAGGGAAAAAGAAAAAUAUGAAAACAAAAGAAAAGAACAAGAUCGAUUCAGAAGAGAACAGGAGGAGAAAGAGAAACAAGAAUUAAAGGAAAAGUAUAAGAAGAAAAUGGAGGAAAUGAGGAAGAAAUAUGAAGAGGAGGCCAGAAAACAAGCUGAAGAACUUAAUGAAUUUAGAGAGAAAUACACCAAGGACUUCGAAGCUCUGAUAGAAAAGUAUGACGAGGAGCUGAAGGAUGUGAGGCAAAGAUAUGAGAUGUUAAUGAGAGAGAAAAAGGAACACAAAAAUGAGUUCACUCUUUUGCAAAACCUCUCCAGCCACAAAGAAGAAAGUCUAAAAGAAGAAUUGAAGGAACUGCAGAAAAAGCAGGAGGAACAGAUGAAAUACUUAAAAAAGAAAUACAAGAACAAGUGCAUCAUUUCAUGAUGAUGCUACAUUAUUUAUUUAAUGAAAGGAGCACAGAAUAUUCAAGGAAAAUUGAGCUGUAUAGACUUCUGCCUGCUGACUCAGGUUACUAAUAUUUGAUUGGCCACAUUGAUCCAAAUGCAGUUGAUCAUAAUGGCUUACUCCAGACAGUUCACUGUGUGUCACAUUAAAAUGCAACUUCCAAUUAUAGCCUGGACCAAUCAUAAAGGAACAGCUGAAAUAAUAUUCAUAAGAGCACUGACUGAAACAGCUGUAGUGACAAGAGCAAGCAUGUUCAAGAGAAACUGAACUGGCUUUAAAGGUUUGCCUGACAUUAUCUUUGAGCAGUUUAAUAAUGUAAAUAUUAAAUAGAAUGUCACCUUGUUUCCCUACACUACCCAAUUCAUAAAUAUUA